GGGUGUAACUAACUGCACCAUAUUCACUUUGGGCAUGAGACGGGAAGUGGAGUUAUACAGAGAUAAUAAGCCGAUCAACUAAUUGGACUCACAUCAUUUUUCAAUCCUCCCUUCUUUUAUUGCCUGGUCUUUUAACGUGACAAUUAAAAAGAUGCCCCUGGAACCACAUAUGUGGCAGUUCCCAAAGAAGCUAGACACAGUUUGGAGAAUCAAGAGCCGAGUGACAAUAUCAUCUGUUGGUCUUAUUAGCAAGCUUGUCGUCGGAUUUAAUAAUUUUAAGGUUGUGAACAAGCAAACUUUGAUAAAGAAUAUUCAGUCAACUGGAAACGGUCGUGGACUCAUAACAGUAACUAACCACCAUAGCUGCCUGGACGACCCAACUUUGUGGGGUAUACUUGGCUGGAAAUUUGUGUUUGGGAAAUUGGGGGAGAAGUUAAGGUGGACAUUGACUGCCGACAAUAUCUGCUAUACAAACACAUUCAAUGCCAAGUUUUUCUCCCUUGUCAAGGGUAUCCCUGUUGUCAGGGGAGACGGUGUGUACCAGCGAGGCAUGGAUUACGCCAUCGAAAAGUUAAAUAAUGGUGAAUGGGUGAAUAUUUUUCCUGAAGCAAGAGUCAAUCAAACACAAGAGUUAAUCCGAUACAAAUGGGGUGUUGGGAGGAUGAUCACAGAAGCUAAAGAAUUACCAGUUGUCGUACCUUUCUUCCACCUCGGUAUGGACAGUGUAUCGCCCAAUGAAGGAAGAUUCAAAUAUUUCCCAAGGAUCUGCAAGAAAGUGACUAUGGUGAUUGGUGAUGCCAUCAACUUUUCUGACAUAGUCAGUCAGAAGGAUAAACUCUCACCGGUGGAAUAUAGAAAGAAGGUGACUGAUCUAAUACAGGAGAAAAUGGCAGAACUUCAAGUGACAGCUGAGCAAAUACACAACCCAGCAGUUUCCUAACGCCGACCCUUAUCCUCCACCAAGUGACUGUUGUAUCUCAGGACUCAAUACCAUAUAAGGACUGGACACGAUGGACGACAAACAUUCUCUCAUAGCUGUGAGCAUAGGAUAUCUCGAUCUCUCAUAGCUGUGGGCGUAGGAUAUCUGUCUCUCAUAACUGUGGGCGUAGGAUAUCUCGAUCUCUCAUAGCUGUGGGCGUAGGAUAUCUCUAUCUUUCAUAGCUGUGGGCAUAGGAUAUAUCUGUCUCUCAUAACUGUGGGCGUAGGAUAUCUCAAUCUCUCAUAGCUGUGGGCAUAGGAUAUCUGUCUCUCAUAACUGUGGGUGUAGGAUAUCUCUAUCUCUCAUAGCUGUGGGUGUAGGAUAUCUCCCUCUCUCAUAGCUGUGGGUGUAGGAUAUCUGUCUCUCAUAGCUGUGGUUGAAGGAUAUCUGUCUUUCAUAGCUGUGGGUGUAGGAUAUCUGUCUCUCAUAACUGUGGGUGUAGGAUAUCUGUCUAUCAUAGCUGUGGUUGAAGGAUAUCUGUCUCUCAUAGCUGUGGGUGUAGGAUUUGUCUAUUUCUCAUAGCUGUGGGUGUAGGAUAUCUGUCUCUCAUAGCUGUGAUUGAAGGAUAUCUGUCUCUCAUAGCUGUGGGUGUAGAAUAUCUGUCUUUCAUAGCUGUGGGUGUAGGAUAUCUGUCUCUCAUAGCUGUGGGUGUAGGAUUUGUCUAUCUCUCAUAGCUGUGGGCGUAGAAUGGAGCUAACACUUGGAAGUCAGAUGUCACACAGAGAUGUAUGAUAAUUCCUUCCUCAAUGAGCUUGACAGUUAUUGUGACAUCACUGGGGAACAUGGUGUGUUAUUUCAUAAUCAGAUUAUUUCAUAUUACUGCAGGGAAGCUGGCAAUUUUAAAUAUGAAACGAUUUGUCUAAAUAUCAUUUUAAGACCUAGGAGAAAAGGUGUCUGUUAGUAUGUGGAGGAUAUAGAAAUUCUUACCAAAUGAGUGAGACCCCCACCACCCAGAAAUGCUACACUCUUGGUAGUACGUGUAUUUCUAUCCCUCCACUACUAUAUAUGAAGUGUAGGACAUCAAGCACACAUUAUUAUUCUCCUUGUUUUAUUAUUUUAUAAUAAUAAUAAAGAUUUGUGUACAGUAUUUGGUAAUUGUGUGCUUGAAAACCAUUUUUUUUUGGUUUCUUUAAAGCCUUGUUCAGUGUUGUAUUAUUUUAGAGUGGAAGUUGUCAAGAAUUGUUAAAUAAUUGCUAAAGAAACACUUAUUUACAGUAGCGAAACUUACCAAAAAGAAGUAAUUCAUUUGCUUAACUGUGCCCUUCAGCAUGUAGCUUGGUUGUGCUAUAUUUGAGAAGUCAUAGAAUGAAGCAGAGAAUUCUAUACAUGUUCUCUCAGCUGAAGUAGACUAUUUUCUCAAACCUCAUCUUGUCUUUGAGCUGGUGGUGAUGAAGGAUUCCACAUACACUUGUAUUGUAAUUGGGCAAGAUUUUAUUUUUGAACUAUGCAUCAACACAUACAAGGAUGUUGCUAUAUCUUCAGAAACAGUUCUUAGAUUUUUAUUUACGGCAUUUGAAAGUAACGGAAGAAAAAUGAAGAUGUCAAAUUUGUCUAGCAUUUAACUCAUUCUGCCAAUGUGUGAUAUUAAUCUUGGUCUGCAAGCCCACAACUGAUGUACAAACAUGUAACAGACAUACAGGCAGAACACAACAGAUGUACAAUAAUGUAGUUACAAGACGGAGCAUAUUUACUUCAAUAAAACAGCUAUGUAAAUUAAUAAGUAUACCUGUGUGUUUACCUGGCUAGCCAUUGUUACACUAGGGUUACUAUAUUUAUACUAGUAUUAUGUGUGAGGUUUAAAUUAUCAGGGAUAGGAGGGUAAAGGGAGAUAACUUUAUACCACCAGUGUGUGCGCGUAUUUCACCUGUGCUAUGUAUGAUGUAAAAGCAUUGGCUUUUCUUUAUCUUAUCAGUUGAAACCAAAAGGCGCAGGUGUAAAUUUAUCACAUUUUUUGUAAAUUUGUUUGUGCACUUCUAUAGUUAUGUAUCAACUCAUAAUCUAGACAAAAAGGAGAGUCAAUCUUUCAAUUUGCAAUGGCAUCUCAGUUUGUAUACAUCAGCUUUAAAUCCCACAUCAUUUCCAGCAAAUCAGUGUGUAUUUUUGUCUGUGUAAUCAGUUCAUGAAAAAAACAGUCUUUAAUUUUACAUACUUCCCCCCUUUUGUUGACGAUAUGAUAGGUAAAGUCACAUUCCAGACUAUACAGAAUGUGGUUAUAAUCUAAGUGUGCUCAGAGCUGUGUUGUGGAGUGUAUGAAAUAUUGCUGAAUGUAAAUAACUUUAUGAUGUAGUGUAUGUGUGGAUGAGGUGAAAUAUGAUAAGUUUUCAUGGACAUGUUUAAGUGACUUAUAUGUACAAAGUGUAUAUAGUUUCUGUUUUAUGUAGUGUUAUUUUUGUGUUUUCACAUGUAGUGGAGCUGGACUGGACUAAUAAUCUUUGGCAACCAGGUAGCUCAAUUGGUAGAGCAUCCCUCAAGAGUUCGGAGGGUCCUGGGUUAGAAUCCCGGUCUGGCCGUUGCAUUUCUCUUUCUUCUGUUAUACAUGAAUGAAUCUAAGUGCUGUGUUGAAUUUGAUAUUUUAAGAUUUUUUGGUGUGUAUUACUUUUCUAGAAAUGUUUGCUGAAUUAACGAAAAUGAUAACGUUGUGAGAAGUACCUUAUAUAGUGUACUAGAGUAAAUACAUGUAAAUAAUGUUACAAGACCUAACAGGCAGAGUUCGUGAUAGAAUCCUGUACUUAGUCAGGUUGAACUGUAUAGAUGACAGAAUAUCACACACGUCAAGAUUUUUGAAUUUUCUAUUUUCCUUUAUACAUUUGUAUUAUAUUGAAAAAAAAUCUCAAGGCUAUCCAAUUUUACAGCAUUAUAUGUAUCAGUCUUUGUUUCUCACUUACUUGUAAUCAUUUUCUUUCUAUUUUGGCAGUGACUUUGAAGUUAUAUUUUGUUUCCCAAUCGUCAGAUACAGAGCACCAAACAGUCAGUGCUGAAAUUUUACACCAAUAUUCAAGCAUAUUCCUUCGGCAGGCUGAGCUUAUGACUUUGUGUAAUGCAAAAUGCAUCUUUAGAUUUUUUACCAAAGUCAAUUAAUAAAAAAAUAUUUGUAAGUUUUAAAACGCAGCUUCAUGUACGAUCAAACUGAAUUGUCUAUAUGUAUAGGUUUUGCCUACUUAUAUAUAAUGUACAUUACACUCUCUGAGCAUCAGUCUGCAUUUGUUUUGUAACAGGAUUGGGGGUUUAUAGUAAUAACCAACUCUGGAAGAGAAUGAGGCCUUGAUAAAUUGUGAACAUAGAAUUCAUUAUUCAGUAUUUUUUACUCAAUGAAUUAAGAUAUCAUGUCUAUUGAUUUUACCCAAUAAAGAUAUCAUAUCUA